CACUGUCAGUUCAGUAUCACACUGUCAGUUGCGGUGGCAUGUUGUCGCGCAGCGACCGAAUCCGUAAGCGCGUGUUCUAUCCAAAACUUUAUUAUAAAAACAUUGAAUUUAACUUAAGUGUGUAAAUUAACUACGUAUAAUAUACGUAAUCCAGUGUAAUAUCAACUGUAAUGUGUUUUCCGUACAAGUGUUAUUAACGUAUUAAUAGAAGUUGUAUUUUCGAAAUAGAAUAUUGGUGAUGACUGACGAGGUGCGUGUUGGGAUUGUGGCGAUGUUUGUUUAGUGUUUAUUUAUUGUGAUAGGUUUUAAUUGACAUGAUGGCGGUCAACUUGAGCUUGUGUUUACUGCUUCUUGUGUACCGGGUGUCGACGGUGUACGCAGAGAGCUUGGAUGUGACUUUGACCGAGCCAAAACCCGAGGUCUCCGAAGGCGUGCGGUGCUACUGCAACACGGCGCAAUGCGUGAGCACGGGCUACAUGUGCCGGUCUACCCGCGGGGGAGGAUGUUACAGCGAGCUCCCCGCGCCGCGCCGCCACCACGCCAGCCACGGGUGCCUUCAACAUCUUGCUGACACGGCCGAAGAAGCAGUGUCCCGUUGCCAGAACUCACCGUCAGCAGACAUACGGCCGCCUUCAAGGGAGCAUUCUCUGCUGCUGUGCUGCUUUAGGGACCUCUGCAACCAUGAGGACAGCCCGCUGGCUCGGGCUAGGCUCAAUCUGACGCAUGAUUCAGAAGGCAACACAAUAGCCAGUGACUGCGGCGCCAGCUACAACAGCGAAGUGUGGUUCAAAGCGGCCACCAUUGCGGUGCCAGUGUGUGGCGCCAUAAUUCUGUUUCUGCUGGUGGCGGUGGCCGUGCGGUUGCUCAAGGCGGACGCCUUGCUACACGCGGAUAGGAAGCUCAGGGAAGCUCAGGUACCUAAUAGCUAUAGAUCUAUUCUAGAAGACAACACAAUAGACAGCGACUGCGGCGCCAGCUACAAGAGCGAAGUGUGGUUCAAAGCGGCCACCAUUGCGGUGCCAGUGUGUGGCGCCAUAAUUCUGUUUCUGCUGGUGGCGGUGGCCGUGCGGUUGCUCAAGGCGGACGCCUUGCUACACGCGGAUAGGAAGCUCAGAGGCGGCUACUCGUCCCCGCUGGCGCAGCACUCGGAGGACGUCAAGAAGGUGUGGGUGGGGAACUCUGCGCCGCUGCUGGUGGCGCCGGGCGGCUGCCUCGUGGCCGUGGAGCGCGCGCAGCUCGUCGACGUCCCCGUCUGUGAUAUACAGCGAUAAACUCGUGUACAACUGGCCUUAUGACCGUACGCACUAGGUCUGAUGAUGUAGAACUGGCCUUAUGAAGACCGACACUAAAGGGGUCUGAUGAUGUAGAACUGUCCUUAUGAAGACCGGCACUAAACGGGUGUUCAAACUUUUUGAUCUGAGUGCCAUGGCCACGGUUUUGUAUGCCGGAGUGUACCCAAUUUGGCUCUCUGCAGAUUGGCAAGCUUGUGAGUUUGAAAAACCCUCCACUGGACUGGCUAUUGGGGCAGUGUCUCGCACCCUUAUCUUCGUCUUCUUUUAUGUCUUAGGUACUAAAUUGAUACUUCGAUUGGCUAAUGUACAUCCAAAUCUUGUUUUGUACAGAUAUAGUGCAAUUGUUUCCCAUCAUAUUUUCUCGGAAACGUUCGUAUUUGUCAUGCUACAUUACAUCAGUCAACCUCACAACUUUUUGUACCGAGUCUGACUGAUAUAGCCAGACACUGUACGUUUCCGUGAAAAUACGAUGGACAAUAAUUAUGCACUACAUCUGUACCAGUUUUGCACUAAAAUGUCAGAUCGGACAAAAAGAAACAAUCGAACUGACAUAUUUCCUGGAUGUAAGAACCGUAGAAAUGUGAAAGAUAAAUUUUACGACUCCUGUUGCCAGAUUGACUACGAGUGUAUGAUGCCCAGGGGCCCAUUUCUCGAACGGUAUUAGACUAAUAUUAUAUUAAUCCACGAACGAUCACAUAUGGGUUACCAUGGCAACACUAAUAAUAUUAGACUAAUACCGUUAGUGAAAUAGGCCACAGGGGCCUAUUUCUCGAACGAUAUUAGACUAAUAUUUUAUUAGUCCUUGAACUGUCAAAUCCUAAGGGUUACCAUGGCAACACUAAUAAUAUUAGACUAAUACCGUUAGAGAAAUAGGCCCCAGGUUGUUUAAAAAAGAUAAAACGGUAGGAAUAGUUGGUUGUUCCUUAAAGGGACCCACUGAUUAACAGUCCGCC